AUGAUUCUGUAAGGGCAUAUUAAAUCUUUUUGUUCUAACUCAUCCCAACAUACAAAAAAUUCAAUUGUGACCCAAAAAGGAUGGAGCCUCAUUACCAAAUACAGCAUGUUUCCUUCCCUUUCUUCACUCAGUCAUCUUCACUAAUGGAUGCAGGUACUGGUUUUCUUCUCAAACCCAUUUUCUUGCAUGGGUUUUCUGCUUCAUUACACUUAGUUUUGUUACUCUUGUUAAUUAUCUCUUGGGUUUGCAAGAAUCUGAAAGUAAGUGUUGAUCAAAGCAAUGAAGGGUCAAAGGACCGGUUUAACAAGAGUAAGAGAGUUUUGUGGUAUAAGCAGACUUUGUUUUGUUGUUUAGGUGUUUCAGUGUUUAAUCUUGUGCUCUGUUUGUUGAGUUACUUCUAUUGGUAUAGAAAUGGGUGGUCUGAUGAUAAACUGGUGGCCCUUUUUGAUUUAGGGCUUAGAACACUUGGUUGGGGUGCAAUUUCUGUUUAUUUGCAUACCCAGUUCUUCAAUUCUGGUGAACCAAAGUUCCCUUUUCUAUUGAGGGUCUGGUGGGGUUCUUACAUGUCUAUUUCUUGUUAUUGUCUUGUUAUUGACAUUGUUCUUUACAACAAACGAGUUACUGUACCAAUUCAAUAUGUAGUGUCUGAUGUUGUCUCUGUUAUAACUGGACUGUUUUUCUGCUAUGUGGGGUUUUUGAGGAAACAUGAGGGUGAAGAAACAAUUCUUCUUCAAGAGCCCCUUUUGGAUGGAAACAGUGCAAGUGAAGAUGUAGUGUCACCAAUUAAGACCAAAGGAUCUGAUAAUGUAACCCCUUUCUCAAAAGCUAGUUUUAUUAGUAUCCUUACUUUCUCUUGGAUCGGUUCUCUAAUUGCCGAUGGCAAUAAGAAAACUUUAGACCUUGAGGAUAUCCCUCAAUUAGAUAGCAGUGAUAGUGUAGUUGGGGCCUUUCCAAUUUUCAGAAAUAAGCUCGAGGCAGAGUGUGGUACAGGAAGUGGAAUGACUAGACUCAAACUAGUGAAGGCACUGUUCUUCUUAGCAUGGAAAGACAUUCUUUUGACAGCUUUCUUAGCUCUUGUAAACACGUCAUCCUCAUAUGUUGGCCCAUUCCUCAUUGACACUUUUGUCCAAUACCUGAAUGGGAAGCAGGAAUAUAAAAAUGAGGGGUAUGUUUUGGUUUCUGCUUUCUUUGUUGCAAAGCUUGUGGAGUGUCUCGCCCAGAGGCAAUGGAUCUUUCGGUUGCAGCAGGUCGGAGUUAGGGUCCGAGCGGUCAUUAUUGCAAUGGUAUACAAUAAGAGUUUGACACUUUCAUCUCAAGCGAUGCAGGACCACACCAGUGGGGAAAUCAUUAAUUUCAUGACUGUUGAUGCUGAGAGACUUGGUGACUUCAUGUGGUACAUACAUGAUCCAUGGCUGGUGAUCGUGCAAGUUGGUUUGGCCUUUCUGAUCUUGUAUAAAAAUCUUGGGCUAGCAUCGGUUGCUACAGUCUUUGCAACUAUAGUUGUUAUGGUGGUAAAUUUUCCAUUUUGGAGAAUGCAAGAGAAGUUUCAAGACAAGUUGAUGGAAUCAAAAGAUAAAAGAAUGAAAGCAACUUCUGAAAUUUUGAGGAACAUGAGAAUUCUCAAGCUUCAGGGAUGGGAAAUGAAGUUUUUGUCUAAGAUUACUGAGCUAAGGAAGAGUGAGGUUGGAUGGUUGAAAAAACAUCUUUAUUGUACAGCUAUGGCCAGUUUUAUCUUCUGGUCUGCCCCCAGUUUUCUGUCUGUAGUCACAUUUGGUGCUUGUAUGAUUUUAGGUAUCCCACUUUCAUCUGGGAAGAUUUUAUCUGCUAUUGCAACUUUCAGGAUUCUUCAAGUACCAAUAUAUGCUCUACCUGACACAAUUUCAAUGAUAAUUCAGACUAAAGUUUCCCUAGAUAGAAUUUCAUCUUUCAUCCGUAUGGAUGACUUGCAGUCUGAUGUUGUUGAGAGGCUGCCAAGAGGUAAUUCUGAUACAUCAUUGGAGAUAAUUGAUGGGAACUUUUCUUGGGAUCUUUCAUCCCCUAAUCAAACACUGAGAGAUAUAAAUUUGAAGGUGUCUCAUGGUAUGAAGGUCGCAGUUUGUGGAACAGUAGGCUCAGGUAAAUCAAGCUUAAUUUCUUGUAUCUUAGGGGAAAUACCCAAGAUUUCCGGUAUCCUUAAGUUGUGUGGUACAAAGGCUUAUGUUGCUCAAUCACCAUGGAUACAAAGUGGCACAAUUCAAGAGAACAUUUUGUUUGGUAAAGAGAUGGACAGAGAAAGUUAUGACAGAGUUCUUGAGGCAUGUUGCCUGAAAAAGGACCUGGAAAUCCUCUCUUUUGGUGAUCAGACAGUUAUUGGAGAGAGAGGAAUCAACUUGAGUGGAGGACAGAAGCAAAGAAUACAGAUUGCACGCGCUCUCUACCAAGAUGCCGAUGUCUAUCUGUUUGAUGAUCCUUUUAGUGCUGUUGACGCUCAUACAGGAUCUCACCUCUUUAUGGAAGUUUUGAUGGGCCUUCUGUGUUCCAAAACGGUGAUAUAUGUAACUCAUCAAAUGGAGUUCUUACCAGCAGCGGAUCAGAUCUUGGUAAUGAAAGAUGGAAAGAUUGUGCAAGCUGGAAAAUACCGUGACAUUCUAAAUUCAGAAACCGACUUUAUGGAACUCGUGGGUGCACAUAAGCAAGCUUUAUUAGCAAUUGGUUCAAUGGAGGAGGGACUAGUUUCCGAAAAAAUUAUCGAGGACAGCAGUGGCCCAAAUAGAACUACUGAGGUUGUCAAGAAAGAAGAAAACAAAGAUGUUCAGAAUGAUAAAUCAGAUGAAGUUGCAGAGUCGAAAAGGCAGCUUGUUCAGGAAGAAGAAAGAGAGAAAGGUAAAGUUGGGUUUUCAGUGUACUGGAAAUAUAUCACAGCUAUAUAUGCAGGAGCUCUUGUGCCCUUUAUAUUGCUCGCACAGAUUCUUUUUCAGACCCUUCAAAUUGGCAGCAAUUAUUGGAUAGCUUGGGCAUCACCAGUGUCUGAGGAUGUAAAACCUCCAGUUGGGAGCUCUACUCUAAUACUUGUGUUUGUAAUUUUGGCUAUUGGAGGUUCCUUUUGCUUGCUUGCCAGAAACAUACUUGUUGUAACGACUGGGUACAAAACAGCCACUCUGCUCUUCAAUAAAAUGCAUAUGUGCAUUUUCCGGGCCCCCAUGUCCUUUUUUGAUGCAACACCUAGUGGACGAAUUCUGACCAGGGCUUCUACCGACCAAAGUGCUGUGGAUUUGACCAUUCCCAUGCAAAUUGGGGGUUUUGCCUUCAAUAUGAUCCAGCUUCUAGCAAUCAUUAGUGUGAUGUCUCAGGUUGCUUGGCAAAUUUUUUUAGUUUUUAUUCCAGUGCUUUCCAUCUGCAUAUGGUAUCAGCAAUAUUACAUUUCCUCAGCUAGAGAACUUUCGCGGUUGGUUGGCGUAUGCAAAGCUCCAGUGAUACAACAUUUUGCAGAAACAAUUUCAGGGUCAACAACCAUUAGGAGUUUUGAUCAACAAUCAAGGUUUCAAAACACAAAUAUGAAAUUGAUGGAUGAAUAUUCUCGACCCAAUUUUCAUGUUGCUGGUGCAAUGGAAUGGCUGUGCUUCCACCUGGAUAUGCUGUCUUCGAUAACAUUUGCCUUCUCUUUGGUUCUCCUAAUUUCUGUGCCGAACGGCGUCCUUAAUGCAGCAAUUGCGGGCCUAGCCGUGACAUAUGGGCUCAAUCUUAAUAUGUUACAAGCUUCUGCAAUAUGGAACCUUUGCCGUCUGGAGAACAAGAUUAUAUCAGUCGAAAGAAUGCUUCAGUACUGUAGUAUUCCUAGUGAGCCACCUCUUGUAAUAGAAGGAAGCCGACCUGACCCUUCUUGGCCAUCCCAUGGAGAAUUUAGCAUACAGGAUCUGCAGGUUCGCUACGCUCCACACUUGCCACUUGUGUUGCGAGGUUUAACAUGCACUUUUUCGGGAGGGAUGAAAACUGGCAUAGUAGGGAGGACUGGCAGUGGUAAAUCAACUCUCAUUCAAACACUGUUUCGGAUUGUCGAACCUGCAACUGGCCAGAUUAUGAUAGAUGGCAUCAAUAUCUUAUCAAUUGGACUUCAUGAUUUGCGGUCAAGGCUAAGCAUCAUUCCACAGGAUCCGACCAUGUUUGAAGGGACUGUACGAAGCAAUUUGGAUCCUCUUGAAGAAUACACAGAUGAGCAAAUUUGGGAGGCUUUGGAUAAGUGCCAACUUGCAGAAGAAGUUAAAAAGAAAGAAGGAAAACUAGAUUCGAGAGUUACUGAGAAUGGAGAGAACUGGAGUAUGGGUCAGAGGCAGUUGGUGUGUCUUGGGCGCGUUCUAUUGAAGAAAAGUAAGGUCUUGGUGCUUGAUGAAGCUACUGCAUCUGUUGAUACUGCUACUGAUAAUCUGAUUCAGCAAACUCUCCGACAACACUUUUCUGACUGCACAGUCAUAACAAUCGCUCACCGGAUAACUUCUGUUCUUAAUAGUGAUAUGGUUCUACUUCUAAAUCAAGGGCUCAUCGAGGAAUAUGAUUCGCCAACGAAGUUGUUGCAGAACAAGUCAUCAUCAUUUGCACAACUUGUUGCAGAAUACAGUCUCAGGUCAAAUUCUAGUUCUGAUACGCAUUUAUCUGGAAACUGAAGUCCUCCAGUUACUGUUGUAUGUUAACAAUGUUCUACAGUAAAUAAUGGUAGUAUCCAGGUGAGCGAGUUAAUUAGCGGUUAUAAAUGUAAUUUAGGACUCUAAUAUUAGUGAUUGUGCUCACUAAUAAACUUCCUUUGAUAUUGUAAUAUACUUG